ACAAUAGAGAGAAAAAAAAACGACGUAGUGUGUCACCCAUCAACAGAGAAAAACACUCUCUUAUCAAACGAAAAAAAAAGUUUAAAAAAUGAUAAAAAUUCGUUUUGCGCCGUGAUAAAUUAUUUUUAUUAUUAUUUAUUAUUAUUAUUUUUUUAGGGCGGUUACAGUGCGUAAUGACACUCGAUUAUUUGUAUGUGUGUGUGGUGAAUCAUCAUCAUCUGUUGUAAUUUUGACAGUAGACAAGAAAAAUAUAGAAAAAAAAAAAAAAAAAAACACGACGUAAAUAUUGAUGUGAGAAGGAAAAGUCAAAAGUUCAAAGCAACAUGAAUAUACUCAUAAAAAAAAAAUUAUUCAUCAAUUGCAAUGAUUUAAUAUUAACCUUAAUAAUCAACAAUAUCUGAAGGAUGUAUUGUCAAGCUGUUGGGAAGUAGCAAAAAUAGUAAAGCAUAUUUAGUAUUAAUAAAGAAAAAUUUUUAAAAUGAAUAUAAUGAGAAAAUUGAGGGGUGGAAGUGGUGCAAUGGGAACAAGUGGUACAUCAAGUAUGGAUGAUUGUUCAAAUGGUGCUAAUAAUCCUCAACAUACUGCACUUGGUUUGAUGCAUCUUAAAAAAUUAUUUUCCGAGUAUCAACAUCCAGUUAAUCCACUCAAUGAUGUUGAACGUGAUGACAAAUUGUACAACAUGUUGCCUUUAUUUUGCAAGGUAUUUGGUUCAAGUCCAUCAACAGAUAUGAAUGAAAAAUUUUGGGAUAUAUUGGCAUUCACACAACAGGUAUCAAAGUUAAUGGUUACAGAAAUACGAAGAAGAGCAAGUAAUCAAAGUACUGAAACAGCAAGUUGUGCAAUUGUAAAAUUUCUUGAAAUUGAAAAUAAUGAAGAAUCAAGUAAUGGCUGGAUGUUAUUAUCAGCAUUAAAUUUAUUAGCAGCUGGUGAUACAUCAUUGAUACAAGCAAUGACAACAGUAUCAGUACCAUCAACACUUGUUAAAUGUCUUUAUUUAUUUUUUGAUUUACCUGAAAUGAGUGAUGCUGAAGCUGAUGCAACUGAUGUUAAUUCAGAAUUUACACCACGUGAACGUAGAAUAUUAUUACAAAAAAUAUUUGUUCAAGUACUUGUUAGAUUAUGUAGUCAUCCAUAUCCAGCAGAAGAACUUGCUAGAAAAGAUGAUUUAACAUUAUUAUUUUCUGCAAUAACAACUUGGUGUCCACAGUAUAAUGUUAUGUGGCGUAAAAGUGCUGCUGAAGUAUUAAUGACAUUAUCACGCCAUGGUUUAACACAAAAUGUUGUUGCUUAUAUACAUAAUAAAGGUUGUAUUGCUCUUUGUAUUGAUAAUAUGCAACGUGUACCAGAAUUAGCACCACUUGAAAUUGUUGAAAUGUUUGUAACUGUAUUUUGUUUUUUAAAAGAUUCAAGUGAAGUAUCACAAACAUUACUUGAUGAUUUUCGUACAUGUCAAGGUUAUAUAUUUUUAUCAGAAUUUUUAUUAAAAAAUGCAUCAUCAAGACUUGAACAAGAUGAUAAAAUUGAAGCACAAGAUGCUAUUAGAAAUUUAGUAUUAAUGUUAGCAUCAUUAACAAUGUGUGGACAUACUGAAUUAAAACCAAGUCAAGCAAGUAUGGGAUCAUUAUUUCAAAUACUUGGUUUUACACUACCACAACCAAGUAAUCGUGGUGGUAGUGUACGUAAUAUACAAGCAUUUCAAGUAUUACAAUCAGUAUUUAUUAAAUCAAAUUCAUCAUUAUUAUGUUGUACAAUACUUGAUGCAAUAUCAAGUGUUUAUCAUAGUGAUAAUGCAAAUUAUUUUAUUCUUGAAGGACAAAAUACAUUAUCACAAUUUGCUGAAAAAAUACAUAUUAAAAAUCCAGAAAUACAAAAAAAAUUUUUUCAAUUACUUGAAUUUAUUGUAUAUCAACUUAAUUUUGUACCAUGCAAAGAAUUAAUAUCAUUAUCAUUAUUACUUAAAUCAAAUAAUUCAAUUGAUUGUUGUAUAAUGUGUAUGGAAACAUUGAUAAAUAUAUUAAAACAUAAUAUAAUAUUUAAAGAUGUUUAUCGUGAAGUUGGUUUACUUGAAGUAUUUGUAACAUGUUUACAAAGAUAUGCAACAUUAUUAAAAGAUAAAAAAUCAGCAAUUGAUAAUAAUAUUGAUUUUAUAAUAUGUAAUAAAGAUAUUAAUAUGGGUGUACUUGUUAUGGAUGCAUUGACAAUAUUACUUGCUGGUAAUGUACAAAAUGCUAAUGUAUUUCGUGAAUGUACUGGUGCAAGAUGUGCACAUAAUCUUGUGCCAUUUAUUGAUUGUCGUAUAAAUGCACUUGGUAUUGUUAGAGAAUUAAUAUUAAGUGCUGGUGGUGAUGAUGAUAUGGCAACAUUAUUUGGUAUAAUGCAUUCAGCAUCAUCAAAUGAAAUAUUAUUAAAAACUCAUAUAUUAAAAACAUUAUUAUCAUGUUUACGUGAAUCACAUAGAACAAGAACUGUUUUUCGUAAAGUUGGUGGUUUUGUUUAUGUUAUGUCUGUAUUAGUAUCACUUGAAGGAUUACUUGGUAAUAAUAAUAAUAAUAAAAAAUCUGAAUCUGAAUCUGAAUCGUCACCUACAUCAUCAUCAUUUAAUAAUGAUAUGAUUACAACACAAAAUAGAAGUCAACAAGAUGAACAACAAUUAUUAACACUUUUACAUGUUGUAUUUUAUACAAUAACAACAGCAAUGAGAUUUGAACCAGCAAAUGCUAAAUUUUUUCAUCUUGAAAUAUGUCAAUCAAGUUUAUGUGAUACACUAAGAUUACUUGGUUGUUUUAAUUCACAAUUAACAUUAAAUGAAAUGAAUUUAAAUACAUCAACAUCAUCAACAUCAACAAAUUAUCAUAAUAUUUUACAUGAUUUUUUUAAUGGUAAUGUACUUGAACCAAAUUAUCCAACUGAUAUGCCAAAAAAUCUUGCAUAUUCAUGUAUAUUAUUAAGAUUACUAUAUGAUGUUGCACUUGAUGCAUUUGAUAAACCAAAUUAUCCUUCAAUAAAUACAAAAUCACCAUCUCAUAAACAAUCAAGUUUUGAUAAUCAAAAAUCACUUGAUUCACCAAAUUCUGGUAAACGUUCAACAGUUAAUUCAUUAAAUUUAAAUCCACCAAUACCAGAACCAGUUAUUGUACAUCCAGGUAUUGUUAUUGGUAUGUUACAUUUAGUACCAUCAAUAUAUGAUAAUAAAAAUUCUGAAUAUUCAAUUGCAUUACAAAUUUAUAUUGCUGAAGUUAUUAAAAGUUUAGUUAGAUCUGAACGUAAUCAACAAGUUAUGUGUGAUACUGGUAUGGCUGGUGAAUUAUUAUUAAUGGGAAGAAUUGCACUUCAAGAUGAAACACAUCCAUUACAUUCACCAUUUCAAUAUAUUAUUGAAAGACUUGCUGCACAAUCAUUAGAACCAAAAGAUUUACGUGAAUUUAUGCGUCUUGGUGAUCCAUUAUGUUGUAUAUCACUUGAUGAAAUUGAUCAAAAUAAAUCAAGAGGUGGUCCAGUACCAUUAACACGUAUUAAAACACUUGUAUCAAUGACAACACCUAAAGAUUUUCGUUCACAUGGAUCAUGUACAUUACCACCAUUUGUUGAAUUUGAUAUGAGUGCUGAAGGUUUUGCAUGUUUAUAUUUACCAAGUAUUGCACCAACAAGUACAACACCACCAACAGUUGUAUCAUCUGAUAAUAGUGUACUUGGUGGUAUUGGUACUGGUGAUAGAUUAUUUCCACCACAAACUGGUUUAACAUAUAGUACAUGGAUUUGUAUUGAUAGAUUUUGUGAUCCAAGAAAUGAUCCACAUUGUGUUAGAUUAUUAACACUUAUACGUACACCAAUUAAUGGUGGUAAAGAUAUAAUAUGUUUUUCAGCUGUAUUAAGUGCACGUGAUAAAGCAAUUAUUGUAUCAACACAAGAAACAACAAUGUUACAAAGUGUUGGUGAAUGGGAACCAGAUGGUAUUGGUGAAAGUGGAGCAAGAGUAUGGUGUCCUGAUUUAUUACAUGAAGGACAAUGGCAUCAUAUUGCAAUUGUAUUAAAUCGUGCUGUAUUAAAAAAUUCAAGUUUUUCAUUAUAUCUUGAUGGACAACAUAUACAAAGUCAAAAACUUCAUUAUAUAACACAAACACCUGGUGGUGGUGGUGCUAAUUUAACAAUAGCAUCACCAGUAUAUGGUUAUAUUGGUACACCACCAUGUUGGAGAAAAUAUUCACGUUUAACAUGGAAACAAGGACCAUGUCAUCUUGUUGAAGAAGUAUUUAAUUCACAAAAUAUAUUAACAUUAUUUAAACUUGGUCCACAUUAUAUGGGUAGUAUGCAAGCACCACAAUUUAUUGGUCCUGAACCAUAUCCAUCACUUCUUGCUGAAGAAAAAGUUGUAUUUGGUUUAAAUGCAAAAGCAAUGUCACAAUUAACACUUGCUAAAAUACGUAAAGUAUAUAGUAGAGCUGAUAAUAAAUCAAUUGCAAAACAACUUGGUAUGUCAUCACAUGAAAAUGCAACACCAAUACGUGUAUUACAUAAUUCAGCUGGUCAUUUAAGUGGACCAGCAAGAGCAUUAGGUGGUGUUGUUGUUGGUUAUCUUGGUGUUAGAGUAUUUAAUCCAAGACCAGUUGCAACGACAAUUGAUAAUGUUGGUGGUUGUUCUGUUUUACUUGGUUUAAUUGCAAUGGCACAAGAUGUUGAAUCACUUUAUGCUGCUGUUAAAGCACUUGUUUGUGUUGUUAGAUCAAAUCAAGCAGCACAACAAGAAAUGGAUCGUCGUCGUGGUUAUCAAACUCUUGCAAUGUUAUUAAGAAGAAAAUGUCCAUUAUUAAAUAGUCAUAUAUUACAUUUGACAUUUAGUCUUGUUGGUACUGUUGAUAGUGGUAGAGAAACAAGUGCAAUACCAAAUGUAACAGCAUUUCAAGAUUUAUUAUGUGAUUUACAAGUAUGGCAUGAGGCACCUGGUGAAUUAUUAAGAUCAUUAUUAGAACAUUUAUAUGAACUUGUUGCUGAAUCAAAUGAAAAAAGAACAAAUUUACGUUUAAUGAGAGAUUUACAAUUGGUUAAUAAAUUAUUAAAUAUACUUGGUGAUGUUAAACAAAAUUCAACAAGACAAGUAUUACUUGCAUUAUUAAGUAUAUUACUUGGACAACCAAGACAAAGUGAUUUAUUAUGGUUUGGACAAUUUAUAGUUGCAACACUGCCAAUAAAUAGUGAAAAACAUUUAAUUUUACGUGAAAAUGAUGGUCCAUUAAUGAAAGAAAGUGAAGGUGAAAUGAUAUUAUUACGUAAUAGAUGUUUACAAUUAUUUCAUUCUUUAUUAUUUAAUGGAUCUAAAAUAAAUCCAACAAUGUGUGAUGAAUUAUCAAAAGUUCUUGGUCUUGAUUGGAUAUUAUUAUUUCUUCAAUCUGGUCUUCAUAGUACAACUGUUGUAUGGGGUUUAAGAAUUCUUGUUGCUGUAUGUUCUGUACAAUCUGUAUUACAAAAAUUUAAAGAUGGUACAAGUAAUUGUGGCUGGUUAAGACAUACUGAUAAUAAUAAAAUGGCAAUGGCACUUGGUUGUAAUCAACAAACAUCAUCAAAUACAGGUGAAAUAAAACCAAUUGGUCUUGCUGUACCUGGUUUUCAACAUUUAGGCUGGUUAUUACCUCAACAUGUUGAUUUAGUACCAGAUAUAUAUUUUUUAUUUAUUGCAAUGAUGAUGGGACAACCAAUAAAGUUAUUACCAGCUGAUACAAAACUUGAUCUUGAUAAUGUAUGGAAUUUUAUGUUUGGUGUACCAGCAAAUAAUUCAUUAGCUUCAUUUGCUGGUAAAAUAAUAAUAUGUCCAGAAGCUGUUGUAACAUUAUUAUUAAUGGUUAGAACAAUGCUUAAUAUGUAUACAAAUAAUCCAGAUUCUUUACCUGAUUGGUUAAUUGAUUAUCCAGUAACAAUAAUACAAUUUUUAUUUUUUAUUUAUCAUAAUUUUACUGAUUUUAUGCAAGUAUUUAUGUCUGGUGAUGUACUUGGUGCAUUAGCUGGUACAUUAUUUCCAAAACAAAUAAAUGAUAGUCAAGAUAGUAGUGGUGCAAGUACACCAGGUGAUGAACAAGAACCAGUACUUGUUAGAUCACCAUCAAAAGAUAUUGGUUUAACAAAUCAUUCAGCUAAAAAAUUUGUACUUGAUUUUUUACGUGUUAUAACUGUUGAUUCAUUAUCAUUACAAGUUACUGGUAAAACACCACCAGUUAUUGAUUUAAUAUUAGAAGCAUGGCCAGAACAUGCAUCAAAUGGACAACAAACACAUUAUCAAACUGAAAUAUUAUCAAUAUUAAUGGAACAUUUAUUAGCUGCUGAUGUAUUAAUUGGUGAACAAGCAGCAUUACCAGUUGUACCUGGUGGUUCAACAAAUAAUAUAACAAAUAAUGUAUGUUAUCUUGCUGCUAGAAUUGUUGAUAAAUUAUGGCAAGGUUCAUUAACAAAAGAUCCACAUGAAAUAUUUGAUUUUAUUAUAAAAUUAAUUGGUCAAGCUAAAAGAAGAUCAGCAGCUGUUAGUUUAGAAGGUUUAUAUCAUUGUUUAAAUAGAACAACAUUAUUUUUAUUAUCAAGAUCAACUGAUACAAUAACUGAUCAAAUGACUGUACUUGAAGCAUUACAUAAAUUAACAACACAUAGAUUAAUUGUAUUUGGUGCUGGUAAUCAUGAACUUGAAUAUAUUAGUUGUUUAACAUAUUGUUUACUUCAAUUAACAGCUGAUAUUAAAAUAAUGCUUGAUACAAAUAUUAAAACAACAUGGCAUGUUAAUCCACAAAUUGAAACAAAUGAUGAUAGAUUACAAUCACAUCAAGGACAUAAUUUAAUGGCUGUUGCUGCAACACGUGUUUGGGAAGAGCUAUAUGUUUGUAAAAAACCAGCAAUUGAAGAAGUAUUUAAAAUAACAUUACCAUUACCAACUGGUAAUGAACGUGCACCAGAUUUAACUGUUGUACGUGAAUUAGUACAUGAACAAGCAGCAAGAUUAUGGUUAAAUUAUGUUGUACUUGAACGUAAAGCAUCAUAUAGAGUACCAUGGGAAUUUCAUAGUCAAAUACAAUCUAAAAUACAAAAAGUAACUGGUGGUUUAACACGUCUUGCUAGUAGAACAAAAGUUAGAAAAGAAGAAUCAGUUAAACCACGUUUAAGAUUACAUUAUAAUACUGUUAUACAAUGGACAGAACAACAUAUAUCACUUGUACGUGAAUUAUCAAUAACACGUAAACUUCAAUAUCAACAAAUAUAUCAACAUACACAACGUUAUGUUUAUCAAGAAUGGCUACAAACUGAAACUGAAUUAACAAGAGAACGUGGUUUAUGGGGACCACCAAUACCAACAAUUCUUGAUAAAUGGAUGCUUGAUAUGACUGAAGGACCAUGUAGAAUGAGAAAAAAAAUGAUGAAAAAUGAAUUAUUUUAUAUACAUUAUCCAUAUAGACCAGAAUUAGAUAAUCCUGAUAAUAAACAAUUAAAAUAUAAAGUUGCAACAAGUAAUGAUUCAAAAGAAUAUUAUUUAAAACAAUUAAAUAAUUCAUCUGGUAUGUUUGAAAGAGAAAAAGAUUCAGUUAUUGAUGAUAGUCCAUUAAAUAUAAAUGAUACAUCAAUUGAUAAUAAUGAACCACCAAUUGUAACAACAUGUACACUUGAACGUCAUGCAAGUGAACCAGAUGAAAAUACAGAAGAUAUUGAACAAGAAGAAGAAAGUAAUCAAGCUGUACCAGAUAAUCAAACAUUACUUAGAUUAUUAGAAGAACAUGAAAAAAUAAGUCAUAUGUUUAGAGUUGCAAGAAUACAAGGUUUAGAUACAACAGAAGGUCUAUUAUUAUUUGGUAAAGAACAUUUUUAUGUUAUUGAUGGUUUUACAUUAUUAAAAACAAGAGAAAUACGUGAUAUUGAAAGUGUACCAGAUACAUAUGAACCAAUAUUACCAGCACCAGGUUCACCAAGACGUUCACGUGCAAUGCGACAAUGUUCAAAAUUUAAUUAUGAAGAUAUACGUGAAGUACAUAAACGUAGAUAUUUAUUACAACCAAUGGCACUUGAAGUAUUUAGUGGUGAUGGAAGAAAUUAUUUAUUAGCAUUUCCACGUAAAAUAAGAAAUAAAAUAUAUCAAAGAUUUAUGACAUUUGCAACGUCAAUAUCUGAUAGUGCACAUCAAUCAGUUGCUGGACAAAAACGUACAGCAAAUGUUGAACAAGCAACUGGUUUAUUAUCAAAUUUAAUUGGUGAAACAUCUGUAACACAACGUUGGGUUAGAGGUGAAAUAUCAAAUUUUCAAUAUUUAAUGCAUUUAAAUACAUUAGCUGGUAGAAGUUAUAAUGAUUUAAUGCAAUAUCCAAUAUUUCCAUGGAUACUUGCUGAUUAUGAUUCUGAAGAAUUAGAUUUUAAUGAACCAUCAACAUUUAGAGAUUUUACAAAACCCAUGGGAGCACAAAGUCCUGAGAGAUUAUUACAAUUUAAAAAAAGAUAUAAAGAAUGGGAUGAUCCACAUGGUGAAACACCACCAUAUCAUUAUGGUACACAUUAUUCAUCAGCAAUGAUUGUAUGUUCAUAUCUUGUUAGAAUGGAACCAUUUACACAACAUUUUUUACGUUUACAAGGUGGACAUUUUGAUCUUGCUGAUAGAAUGUUUAAUAGUAUUAAAGAAGCAUGGAAUUCAGCAUCACGACAUAAUAUGGCUGAUGUUAAAGAAUUAAUACCAGAAUUUUUUUAUUUACCAGAAUUUUUAAUAAAUUCAAAUCAAUUUGAUCUUGGAUCAAAACAAAGUGGUGUACAACUUGGUGAUGUUGUAUUACCAACAUGGGCAAAACAAGAUCCACGUGAAUUUAUAAGAGUACAUCGUCUUGCAUUAGAAUGUGAUUAUGUAUCACAAAAUUUACAUCAUUGGAUUGAUUUAAUAUUUGGUUGUAAACAAAAUGGACAAUCAGCUGUUGAUGCUGUUAAUGUAUUUCAUCAUUUAUUUUAUGAGGGUAAUGUUGAUAUAUAUACUAUUGAUGAUCCAUUAAAAAAAAAUGCAACAAUUGGUUUUAUAAAUAAUUUUGGACAAAUACCAAAACAACUAUUUAAAAAAUCACAUCCAUGUAAAAAAAUGAAUCAACGUAUAAGUGUUAUUGAUCCAGGACCAAUGGUAACACAUGGUUUAUCAAUAACAUCAACAGAUAAAUUAUUUUUUCAUAAUUUAGAUAAUUUAAAACCAUCAUUACAACCAAUUAAAGAAUUAAAAGGUCCAGUUGGACAAAUUUUACAUGUUGAUAAAACAGUAUUAUCUGUUGAACAAAAUAAAACAUUAAUACCACCGUCAUUUAAUAAAUAUGUUGCUUGGGGUUUUGCUGAUCAUUCAUUAAGAAUUGGUAAUUAUGAUAGUGAAAAAGCAAUAUUUGUUUGUGAAGGUAUGAUGCAAAGUAGUGGUGAAAUAGUAUCAUGUGUAUGUCCAUCAUCAAAAUUAAUAAUAACUGCUGGUACAAAUUCAGUUGUAACAAUAUGGGAAUAUUCAAAACGACAAUUAUCAAUAAAACAAUGUUUAUAUGGACAUACUGAAGCUGUAACAUGUCUUGCAUCAAGUCCAGCAUAUAAUGUUAUUGUAUCUGGUUCACGUGAUGGUACUGCUAUUAUAUGGGAUUUAUCAAGAUGUUUAUUUGUUCGUCAAUUACGUGGACAUGCUGGACCAGUUGCUGCUGUUACAAUUAAUGAUUUAACUGGUGAUAUUGCAACAUGUGCUGCAACAUGGUUACAUGUAUGGAGUAUUAAUGGUGAUGAAUUAGCAUGUGUUAAUACAUGUGUUGGUAGAGCUGAUAGAAUGCAACAAAUAUUAUGUGUUUCAUUUAGUCAAACACAUGAAUGGGAUUCACAAAAUGUCAUUAUGACUGGUUCAACUGAUGGUGUUGCAAGAAUGUGGUCAAUGGAUUAUGUACAAGUACCUGCUACUACUACUUCUUCUACUACUGCUGAUGAUGAUGAUGGUAAUGGUGAUAAAACAAAUGAAACAAAUGGAAAAUUAAAAAAACAAAAUAAUACAGAGGAUAGAAGUGAAAAAACUAAAAAACGUGUACAUGAAUUAGUUAAACAAAUGAGUAUAUCUGUUGAAGAAACAAAUAGUAUGAUGAAAUGUGGAUCAGAAAGUAGUUUAUCUGAUGCUGAAAUAUCAAAAGAAACAUUACGUUUACAUGAAGAUAAAGAAGAAUGUUCUGAUAAUGAAUCAAGUAAUGGAUCAAUUGAAAAAUUAAGUAGUAAAAAUUCAUCACAAUCACAAUCACAAUCAUCUGGUGUUGUAUUAAGAAGAAAAAGUCGUUGUAAUCCAUUAUUUAGAAAAAGUGAAGGUGGUGGUAUUGUUGGUAGAGCUGAUAGUGAAAAUACACAACAAAGUGAAUCACAAUGUAGUACAUUUGAUACUGAUAGUGCAUUAAGAACAAGUAAAAGUGAUACAAGUUUAACUGAUAGUUUUGUUAUGGUUAAUGAAUCAGAUACAAAACCAAAAAAAAUCAAUUUACAAAAUGUACUUAGAGAUGGUUUUAAAUGGCAAAGACAACUUGUAUUUAGAAGUAAAUUAACAAUGCAUACAGCAUAUGAUCGUAAAGAUAAUGCUGAACCUGCAUCAAUAACAGCACUUGCUGUAUCAAGAGAUCAUAGAAUUAUUUAUGUUGGUGAUACAAGAGGUAGAGUUUUUUCAUGGAGUGUUUGUGAACAACCUGGACGUACUGUUGCUGAUCAUUGGCUUAAAGAUGAAGGUGUUGAUUCAUGUGUUGGAUGUGGUGUUAGAUUUAAUAUUUAUGAAAGAAGACAUCAUUGUCGUAAUUGUGGACAAGUAUUCUGUUCAAAAUGUAGCAGAUUUGAAUCUAAAAUAUCAAGACUUGGUAUAUUAAAACCUGUCAGAGUUUGUCAAGGUUGUCACAGCACAUUAAAAUCACAAUCAUCAACUGAAAGUAACAACUAAUAAUUUUGUUUUUUAAUUUAUUCAAUUUUUGCUUUUGACUUUACUCCAGCUGCAUUUUAUUGAUUUUUAUUGUUUUAUUUUUUUUAAUUUUUAAAAAUUCAUCAAUAAGAUGUCUUUCCAAUCAUUUUUAAUUAAUUUUACUAAUAUUUAACAAGG